GUAAUAAUUUUCACUUGGUUGCUUGCUGUACUUAAAAUCCUAGACUUGCAAAACUCGCACAUUUAACGCGCGCAUGUAUCUAUAGUUGAAUCCCUGGUUUCCAUUAAUUGUAGUUUUGUUGCAGAGUGUUGAACGCUGUGUGACAUUGAGGUGGAGAUGGGGAUGAAGCUCUGUGGUUCUGAUUUCGUGGCGUGCAGAGGCUUUCUUUACACAGUAUUUAUUCUGAAUUUCGUGUUGUGCUGCCACCUCCUGCAACUCCAACCGUUUGUAGAUGGAAAACCUGGUGAUACUGCUGCUCUGUUUGAGAGAGUUUCGCAGAGUAUAAAAGCGAAGAAAUAUAAUGAGGCACUUGCUGACCUCACUGCUGCUAUCGAGGCAGAUCCAGCACUUUCAGAAGCAUAUUGGCGUGGAGCAUCCAUUCUUCGUCAGCUGUGCAGAUAUGAGGAAUCGGAGAAAAGUUACAAAAAGUUUCUGGAGAUGAAACCUGGGAAUUCAGCUGCAGAAAAGGAGCUUUCUCAGUUAUAUCAAGCUCAGAAUGCCUUAAGUUCAGCUCACAAUCUUUUUGAUUCAGGAGAUUUUACCAAAGCACUGGAAUAUAUUGAUAAAGUUGUACUUGUUUUCUCCCCAGCAUGUCCCAAGGCCAAACUCCUCAAAGUCAGAUUAUUAUUAGCAUCUAAAGAUUAUUCGAAUGCCAUAUCUGAGACAGGAUACAUUCUUAAAGAGGAUGAGGACAAUUUAGAGGCUUUGCUAUUGCGUGGUCGUGCCUACUAUUAUUUAGCUGAUCAUGAUGUUGCCACCAGGCAUUACCAGAAGGGCCUUCGCCUAGACCCUGAGCAUGGUGAACUUAAGAAGGCAUAUUUUGGACUGAAGAACCUCCUCAAGAAGACUAAAAGUGCAGAGGAUAAUGCCAGUAAGGGUAAGCUUCGGCUCGCAGUGGAAGAAUAUAGAGCAGCUCUUGCUUUGGAUCCAAACCAUACUGCACAUAAUGUACACCUUCAUCUUGGACUGUGUAAAGUCUUCGUGAAGCUUGGUAGGGGAAAGGAUGCUGUAACAAGUUGCACAGAAGUACUUGAAAUUGAUGAGGAUUUAGUUGAAGCUCUAGUCCAGAGGGGUGAAGCUAAGCUUUUAGUAGAAGAUUGGGAGGGAGCUGUGGCGGAUCUAAAAUCAGCAGCUGAAAAGUCACCUCAGGAUAUGAGUAUUCGUGAGACUUUAAUGAAGGCUGAAAGAUUGUUGAAAUUGAGCCAAAGGAAGGACUGGUACAAGAUUCUUGAAGUUUCAAAAACUGCAUCUAUAUCAGAGAUUAAGAAGGCCUACAAGAAGCUUGCCUUGCAGUGGCAUCCAGAUAAGAAUGUUGACAAUAGAGAAGAAGCAGAAGCCAAAUUUCGGGAAAUAGCAGCUGCAUAUGAGAUUCUGGGCGAUGAGGAAAAGCGUACCAGAUAUGACAAUGGAGAAGAUAUUGAUGAUAAUGGUAUGGGAAUGGGUGGUGGCGGGUUUAAUCCUUUUGGAGGAGGGGCCCAGCAAUUUACCUUCCACUUUGAAGGAGGUUUUCCUGGAGGAGGCUUUCCUGGUGGAUUUGGAGGAUUUCAUUUCUAACCUUUGUAACAUAUGGGAAUGUAUUUCCCCGAUGAUUUUACCGAGGAUGACUUGUGGAACAUCGAUUUUCUUUGGAAAAGCAAUUUUUGAUUAGCCGUUGAUAGGUGCAAUUCAUUUGAAUCUUUGUAGGCUAUUAUUCAGUGGUGUGUCAUUGCCACAGGUUGUACUUCAGAAAUCGACAAGGAAAUUAAUAUCACAUUGUAUGUAAAACACUGAUUCAAGGAAAAAUGGCAAGUUCUCUCAUGAA